UUGAACAGUCAAGAUCAGUCCUCCACAAAGCGAAAUACAUAGCUUCAAAAAUGGCCUACGAAACUCUACUGAACACCACCUACGGGCAAGUCUGCCAGAAGAAGACCUACACCCCCGCCAAGGCCAUGAAGAAGAUCUUCAAGGUGGCCUGCAAAAUCUUCAAGGCUUCGAAUCACCAACAACUCAAGAGCCUUCCCAUCCCGAAGGAAAUCCCACUGCCAAUAUCCGAUGAGGAGUUCCAGAACUCCCAGAACGAGAAACUGGAAGCCGAGCUCGUCCAACUGUGAUCGGGGAAAAUGGGAAAUCCCGAAAACCCACUUCCUAAACAGCUUUAAGACUCCAACGGAAUCGGUCUCUAAACAUCCGCAUCAGCUUUAACUCCACACUCAGCAAGUGGACAUUUAAAAAUGCAUAAAUAUCCAGCUUUAAUCAUUGUCUUCCAUCUAUGUUUAAGCGUAUGAAUAAAUACAUAAUAUUAAUAUUGAAA